AAGACUUGGAUCAUAAGAAUAUAAUACAGCGUUGCAGAAGCGGGCUAAACCUAAAACAGGGAAAUAAUACGCAAUAGGGAUGAGAGGGGGGAAGAAACAUGACCAGUGACACCUGCUGGUCAAAAGGGAAGAGAACGCGUGGUACAUGAUUAUAGCAGAGUCUUCCAGCUGAUCGACACUGCGUGUCUGUACAACUCAGCUUUCAUGAUGGAGAAUCAGAUGCGCUUCCAGUGUGGAAUUGCCGGGUUUUCGCUCCACGCUGCACAAAGCCGGCUAGACUGAGUCAAAACACCAGUCAUCCGCUUCAUACACUGCAGCUCACGGACGGACUCAGCCGUAUCCCCCCUCCCACACAUGACAGAAAAAAAAAACAAAAACUGGAAGAAUUAUUCCUCCCCAUGACUUGAUAGAAACUCAAACUUGCUUUUUCUCUGAGCGUUUUAAAGCCUCACCUGUGCAGGCUGGUGGUGACCUUGGUGGUCUCUGAUAGGAUUUUCAGCAUUUUAUGCAAAAAAAUUACUCCGCUGUCUCCAUGGCUACAUCGGAUAGAAUAGAGGAUUGUGUGCUGCGACGAGGCAGAUCGCAAAGCGACCCGAGCAUCGUCACCGAAUCCGCGAUCGAUCUGGCACGGGGUAUCGAUGUAAUGGACCAGCAGAGGGCACUGCAUUCCGCGGGACUGGUUACCGGGCUCUGUACACUGGACCAGCAGAGGGCGCUGCAUUCCGCAGGACUGGUUACAGGGCUCUGUACACUGGACCAGCAGAGGGCGCUGCAUUCCGCGGGACUGGUUACCGGGCUCCGGACGCCUCCCAUUGGCCGCAGGAGCAAGCUGGCCUCCCUGAGCCGGAUGUUUAAGCCGUGGAAAUGGAGGAAAAAGAAAAAUGAGAAGCUGAAGCCGAGCUCCACAGGUGAGAUGUGGACAUUCGGUGGUGAAACUCUGGAGAAGAAGGCGGCAGCGCGGCAGAACCGGGCCGAGCUUGUCAGAAUGGAGCAGUCAAGCGUGGCUGGGGCAGAUUUGGUACUGGCCUGUGCACAGGGUCCUCUGGAUUCAGACCCCUCCCCACAGGGCAGCUCUGACAUGGGGGAGAAGGAGGAGUGGACCCUGGAUGACAUGGACUCUGAUAAGGAUUGUCCAUUAGCAGGGCGAAUCACUACACAUCCCAGUGACGUACUGGGGAAACUGAACGCCGUCGUGGGAGUGCAGGACCAGCAGGAUGACUGUGCUGGUGCUGUCUCUGAGGGAAUUUGCGAAAACCACGAAGGGAAAGAAGAAGCCGGGGAAGACACAGCAGUGGGGGACGCCGGCGCAGCCCCCCCGCCCAGUCUCGCUGCCAAAACGCUGCCCAAACACGGGACUAUGGAAGACUCGGGCAGAUUCUCCCAAUCCCCCCAGCAGAAGAUCUCUGCCUUCCCCAAAGACUCACCUACUCUGCGAGGACAGAGCUCCACCCCGACAGGGUCACCUCACCUGACAAAGCUUCAUUCGUCACUGCCCCCUAGCUGCAUCAUUGAGGAACUGCAUCGUGCCCUAGCCACCAAGCACCGACAGGACAGCUUUCGUGGGAGAGAAGCCCGCUCAUCUCCAAAGCGCCGGUCUGAGGGUCAGCUGUGCAGCGUAGAUCAGGGCAGACCAGAUGAAGCUGAGAGCAGGAAGGACUGUGAGGAGAACAAGGAGAACCUGUGGCAGGAUACCUUUCACAGAGAUGGCUUCUCAAUUAACCAAGACAGCUGGAACAACUCAGUCAUCUCUGGAACACUGCCACGCAGGAUGAAGAAGGAGCUCCUAGCCGUGAAACUGCGAAACCGGCCCAGCAAACAGGAGCUGGAAGAGAGGAACAUCUUCCCCUCGCGCAGCGACCUAGAGCGGCAGCUGAUCCGGCAGCAGAUCGAGACCAAGCUCGCCAAGAGGCUCAGUCAACGGCCGGCUGUCGAAGAGUUGGAAAGCAGAAAUAUUUUAAAACAGAGGAAUGAUCAGACGGAACAGGAAGAGAGGAGGGAAAUCAAACAGCGGCUCAACAGAAAGCUCAACCAGCGACCUACAGUAGAUGAACUGCGGGACAGAAAAAUCCUGAUCCGCUUCAGUGAUUACGUAGAGGUGGCUAAAGCUCAGGACUACGACAGGCGUGCAGACAAGCCCUGGACCAGGUUGUCUGCAGCUGACAAGGCGGCAAUACGGAAGGAGCUGAACGAGUUCAAAAGCAACGAAAUGGAAGUGCACGCAUCCAGCAAACACUUGACGAGGUUUCACAGACCAUAAGAGAUGUUUCUUCUGUGAAGAACUUCUACGCCCUGUCUCACCGGGGAGCGCCUGGAGAGCAUUCUUCCAGUGCCUUGGCCCAUUCCUUGGGUGGUCAUGAUACUCUGGCAGAUGGUUUUAUGGUUGAUGCUGCCUGGAAGAGAUGCACUAUGGGCCACUGAGCAAUCUAACCAGGUUAUAGUGGGCAGAAAGAGAGAGAAGGCAUAAAUGAGGACUCUUUUGGACAGAGUGCAUCCAUUCUUGGAACAAACUGUGCAUGUCACCAGCUUUCCUACCCUUGAAAAAAUAAUCCCAGGGGCAUGGGCUCAAUUCUGAGCAAAUUUCAUACUGUAUAAAUACCAAUCUUGAGAGAAUUGUCAUUAUUGUUAUAAUGAUUACUUUGUAUAUUUGUGUGCAAAAUAAGAAUUUUUUAAAAGUCAAUAAAAACAAGAUCCUUUUGUGUUA